UCGAACCAAUCUGUUCAUUGUUGUUCAAGCUCAAGUUAAAGUGUGUAAAAUUAGAGCGUGGAAUAAUUAGUGAAGUAAAGUGGGCUAUUCAUGUCAGUUUCUGGUGGAUACAGGUGGAUAUUCCUGCUCAAUUGAUUACAUUAUUGAUCAAAGUCAGCGCGAUAUCAUGGCAUCGAGUUCGACUAAAAAUACCGUUCAUCAGAACGGUUUUCGUUUUCGUAAAAUGAAUACGAAUGCUUUCAAAUUUCAAUGGAAAAAUGGGCCAGCCAGCGCCGUUAAAAACUCACAGAACGACGAGAUGCUUGAACAGGUUAGGAACUGUGACGUGAAGACAGAUCCGCACUCUACGCCUGGAAGAAAACCAUCUGGGUUCUUCAGGAACAUCAAAAAGCGAUUGUGUAUAUCAAAAUUCAUGCUGCAUAGGUCUAAACAAAAGAUCAAGGCUGUCGAGACUGGUAAUAGAACAAACGAAGGUACGGUUAUCACUUCGUUUGAAGCACCUUUACUCCUUGCACGAACUAAUUCUAUAAAUCAGUGGUCAGCAACUAUAGAUCAAGUUGUAACCUCUGAGGAUUCUAAAGAGAAUGUGGGUAAUAACGAGGAAUCCAAUUCUAAAAUAAAUAAUAAAGUAGAGUCAUUUCGAAAUAAAGACGAGUAUAGAAACGAUGAGAGUAUUCAAGAACAUUGUUCAUCCAUACAACGACCAAGUUUCAAUAAUUUGGUCAUGAGGUAUGAUAACGUUAUGCAACCACGAUCAAGUAACUCAAGAAAUGUUGUGGAAGAUAGUGGAGAAAAUAAGGCGAAAGCCAGUCUAACAAAGGAACUGCUAAAACUUAGCAAGUAUGGUUGGUACUGGGGUCCGUUGUCCGGGGAUGAAGUAGAUGCAAAGCUGUUGAAUGAACCUGACGGUGCUUUCUUGGUCAGAGAUUCUUCAGAUGACAGAUAUCUUUUAACCCUCAGCUUCAAAUCUGCAGGAAAACUUCUGCAUUCACGUAUGGAACAUAGUGGAGGAUUAUUUUCUUUAUGCAAUCAAUCCGAGACCGAAGGGUUCACAUCGGUAGCUGCACUGAUCGACCAUUCUAUGAACUUCAGUCAGACAGCAGUUUUCUGCUACUCCAGACCCAAAUUUCCUGGCUCCCCAUCUUUUCCUGUAAGACUGACAAAACCUGUGAGUCGAUUCACUGAGGUUAGAAGUUUGCAAUAUUUAUGUCGAUUUGUUAUUCGUCAGAACACAACUUUAGAUAAUAUACAUAAGUUGCCUUUACCAAAAACUAUUAGGGGAUAUAUCGAAGAAGCACAUUAUUAACCACAGUAAUCUUGACAAUUCGCAAUGUUUUCACAUUGUGCAUAACGAGAAAAAAUAUCAGGGUAAUAUCUCCGAAUUGGAGUCUAGUUUUUCUUGUCUGAGAUUUUUAUUUCAUUUUCACGCCAAUGCUUGUUACAGAAUGGUCACUUUCUUGUGCAGAUGAUAUGCACUUUUGCUAUAUAUUUUAUAUAAAUAUUAUUAUUAGGGUGAUAUUAACCGUUUGAGUCCCACGCACCGCUUUCGUGCUCUUCAGAUUUUAUAUCGGAAAAACCCAGUGCAUUUGAACGAUAUGGACAAGUGACCGCGUACUCACAAUGUGACGAAACGCGCUCAACUUUCCAGACGCAUUUUCAGAUGAAUUUUUCGAUACAAUAAAAGGAGCACUAUCGCACCACUUGAAUCUUUUCGUAUACCAUUCAGAAAGCGCUAUUGCGCUGCUCGGCUUUUUUCGACCGUGUUUUUUUAAAAACCUCUGGUACUCAAACCGUUAAGAAACAUUGAAAAGUCUGUGCUGAUUAUUCAGGUCGUUAAGCUUUGACUUAUUAUUAAAUAUUGACUUUGUGUAAGGGAUGAGAUAUUUCUAAUUCUUUAAUCAUAUGUGCCCUGAUUUCACCUUGUCUAAUAGGUCAGUUGUUUUGAAAACAGAUUUUAAAGAAAUUAUGGUUAAAGUAUGUAACCGUUCAAGGACCCAGUGUAUAGUAGUCGUUAAUGCUAAACGAUCAAAUAGUGAGAGUAAAAUGCCUUAUGGUUCUACUUGUGUGAUGAUGCAAACGAUUUAUAUUAGAUUAAAAAAAAUAUUGUGUGUAAAUAUGAAUCUUUUGAUACAUAUGAUGUAUAGUAUACAUAUUAAAUAUUAUGUAGUACAUAAGUGUUAAUAAAACGGAACGAUUGCUUUAAAA